AUCAAUAUGUCUGCAAUUGGGUCAUUGAUUUUCUGUGUUGAUUGUGGCAAUCUCCUCAAUGAAUCCACUGGAGAUGAAAAUACAAUUCUUGUUUGCGACAUAUGUGGAACGAAAAAUCGAGACAUUGCCUCCAAAACUAUCAUUUCAGAAUCUAAACCAGAGGCAUUCCCUUCUGCACUUAGGUCCAAAAGAUCUGCCGUCCGAACAUUGACUGCGGAAGACAAGAAAAAAGAUGCUGUCAUCGCACAUACCUGUGACCAGUGUGGGCGUCCAGAAAUGACAUUUUACACAUUGCAACUUCGUAGUGCUGAUGAGGGAACUACUGUCUUUUACUCAUGCGAGUGCGGGUAUAAAUUCAGUACAAACAAUUGAAAUCUCAGCUCUAUAUACACAAUGUCAGGCGAUACUAGGUAAUAGGAUUGGAACGACAGCCUAGCAGUGCAAACUUUGACUGAUCUAUGCCGCAACCGGUUGCUCCAAGAUGUACUCUUGCUCUCCACUUUUCUCAUAUUCCGCCAUAUCGAGCGCAACAAUAAUACUGUCCCUCACCACUGUCUCCGGAUCAUUGACGAAGCGUUUUAACGUUUCUUCCACUCCAUCCUCAGCACCCAGACUCCCAAGCGCCUCAGCAGCCUCAUGGCGGACCAUGCCGACUUCAUUCUUAUCGCUCAACGUAGCUACAAGACUGGGGAUACUGGCGGGGUGAGAAAGUUGGCCGAACACAAACGCGAUUUCGUGUCUGAAGAGCGCGGAACGAUCCUUGAAACCUUCGGCCAGUGCUUCGAUCGCCGGAACUGCUGUGGGCAGAUCCGGGGGGGAGCACAUGUCCCGCAAGGCAAACAUAGCCCGAUAUCUUUUAAAAAGUGGGAGACUUGCGUCGAGGAGAAUCUGUUUAAGUUCGGGAAUGGAUUGUUCGGCAGAGGAGAGUGGAAGAGGAGGUGCAGGGUCGAUGGAUGUAAAAUCACUGGAGUGGAGUUAGAAGAUGAAAUUAAAUUCUUCAAGGUCCCAUUUACCUUUGCUUUAAUUUUUCGGAUUUACUGUCUUUGGACGUUUCCCAUAGUAUUCUAUCGACUGCGAUAUCACACGUUUCUCGGACUA